AUGUCUGGGAUCAACAACGAAACGCCUCCUAACGCUCUCAAGCCCUGGCAAGUACGAGCUUUGGCAAAAGGCAGAACACCCUUGCCAGAAAUCCCUGGUUGCAGACCAUGGCUGGAAACCAGCUCUACGCAAGACAUGUCUGGAUCUGGACAGCAAGCUCUGGUGACUACAGGAUCAUUCUCUGCUUCAAUUCCCUCAACUCCCGGGGCAGCCCUCUCCGUGUCGGAGGCUGAGACGAACAGCAACCCGGGUUACAAGUUCUGGAAUCAAGACGAAAUGAAGCGACUCAUCGAGCUGAAGAGAGAGGGGAAGUCAUGGAGAGAUAUCAGCGACCAUUUCCCCGGGCGAUCUGUUGAAGCGCUCAAGCAGACAUAUCACAAGCGAAGAGCAACUGCUGAAGAACAAAUGCACCCAGUCGCCAAAGAAAAGGAAGAUCAGGCGGUGGCAUAA